CCGGGGAUUUGGAGCAGCCACGCGCGGCCCGGGCGCCUGGAGCUGUAGCAGCAGCCGCCGCCGCCGCGCCGGGGCCGCCACCGCGGCGGGCACCCGCGUCCCGGGCGCGCACGGACCAUGGAGAGGGCGGCCCAGGGUGCAGACGGCGGCGGGGGCAGCAACAGCAGCAGCCGCAGCAGCAGCCGCGCCACCUCGGCGGGCUCCUCGCCCUCCUGCUCCCUGGCGGGCCGGGGGGUCUCCAGCCGGUCGGCGGCGGCCGGGCUCGGCGGCGGGGGCAGCCGCAGCAGUCCGGGCUCGGUGGCCGCUAGCCCGUCCGGGGGAGGCGGCCGCAGGAGGGAGCUGGCGCUCGAGGGCGUGCUCAGCAAAUACACUAACCUGCUCCAGGGGUGGCAGAACAGGUACUUUGUGCUGGAUUUUGAGGCCGGCAUCCUGCAGUAUUUUGUGAAUGAGCAAAGCAAACACCAGAAGCCUCGAGGAGCCCUGUCUUUAUCUGGAGCCAUAGUGUCCCUGAGCGACGAAGCUCCCCACAUGCUGGUCGUGUACUCUGCUAACGGAGAGAUGUAUAAACUGAGAGCUGCUGAUGCAAAAGAGAAACAGUUUUGGGUGACUCAGCUUCGAGCAUGUGCCAAAUACCACAUGGAAAUGAAUGCUAAGAGUACUCCAAGCUCCCGGAGCCGAAGUCUCACUUUGCUCCCCCAUGGAACACCCAAUUCUGCGUCUCCCUGUAGCCAGAGACACCUCAGUGCGGGGGCCCCCGGUGUUGUCACAAUCACGCAUCACAAGUCGCCUGCAGCCGCCCGAAGAGCCAAGAGUCAGUAUUCCGGCCAACUUCACGAAGUCAGAGAGAUGAUGAACCAGGUGGAAGGGCAGCAGAAGAACCUUGUGCACGCCAUCGAGUCCCUGCCAGGUUCUGGCCCCCUCACUGCCUUGGACCAGGAUCUGCUGCUCCUGAAAGCGACCUCUGCUGCCACCCUCAGCUGCCUCGGGGAGUGCCUCAGCUUGUUACAACAGAGUGUGCACCAGGCCAGCCAGCCCAGCCACAAGCCAGGGGCCUCAGAAAACAUCCUGGGAUGGCACGGGCCCAAGUCACAUUCCACAGAGCAGAUGAAAAAUGGGACACUUGGCUCUUUGCCUUCAGCCAGUGCCAACAUAACCUGGGCAAUCUUACCAAACUCUGCCGAAGACGAGCCAGCCUUGCGGCCAGAGCCAGAGCCAAACUCAGUACCUGAAUUGGUUUUGUCUGAAGAUGAAAAAAGUGACAAUGAAGACAAGGAAGAGCCGGAAUUAGGCGUCAUGGAGGAUCAGCGCAGUAUAAUUCUUCAUCUCAUCUCACAGCUCAAACUUGGAAUGGAUUUAACCAAGGUGGUACUUCCCACGUUUAUCCUGGAGAAGCGGUCCUUGCUAGAGAUGUAUGCGGAUUUUAUGGCACACCCAGACCUGCUGCUGGCCGUCACCGCUGGGGCCACGCCAGAGGAGAGAGUCAUUUGCUUCGUGGAAUAUUAUCUCACAGCCUUCCACGAGGGCCGCAAGGGGGCUCUGGCCAAGAAGCCCUACAACCCCAUCAUCGGCGAGACGUUUCACUGCUCCUGGGAAGUUCCCAAGGACAGGGUCAGGCCUAAGAGGACUGCUGCCCCCUCGCCCGCCGGUGGCCACGAGUGCUCAGGAGCUGAUGGCUCCUCCGAAGGCUACAAGCUGAGGUUUGUGGCGGAGCAGGUGUCCCACCACCCUCCCAUCUCCUGCUUCUACUGUGAGUGCAAGGAGAGGAGACUGUGCGUCAGCACUCACGUGUGGACCAAAAGCAAGUUCAUGGGCAUGUCCGUGGGCGUCUCUAUGAUAGGGGAAGGUGUGCUGAGGCUCCUGGAACACGGGGAGGAGUAUGUGUUCACCCUGCCUAGUGCCUAUGCCCGGUCCAUUCUCACCAUCCCAUGGGUGGAGCUUGGAGGAAAAGUCAGCAUCAACUGUGCCAAGACUGGGUACUCGGCGACGGUGAUAUUCCACACCAAGCCUUUCUAUGGAGGGAAAGUCCACAGGGUCACAGCAGAAGUGAAGCACAAUCCAACCAACACCAUUGUUUGUAAAGCCCACGGGGAAUGGAACGGUACGUUAGAGUUCACCUACAACAAUGGAGAAACCAAAGUCAUCGACACGACCACGUUGCCAGUGUAUCCCAAGAGGAUCAGACCUCUGGAGAAGCAGGGGCCCAUGGAGUCCAGGAACCUCUGGCGGGAGGUGACCCGAUACUUGCGGCUAGGGGACAUUGAUGCAGCCACCGAGCAGAAGCGGCGCCUGGAGGAGAAGCAGCGGGUGGAGGAACGGAAGCGGGAGAACCUCCGCACACCAUGGAAGCCUAAGUAUUUCAUCCAGGAGGGCGAUGGCUGGGUAUACUUCAAUCCUCUCUGGAAGGCACACUGAUGGCGUGGAGGUGCAGAACUUCCUGAAAUAGCCUUGUUUUUGUAGGAAUUAAAGUGGUACAGUAUUAAGGUUUUGUUGGCAUUCACUGAGACCUCAUCUUAGCAUCCAAGAAAUUGUAACAGGAAGAGAAAUUUUAUACUGUGAAAAAUAGCACCCCCAAACUCUGCUGGAGGAUUGAAUUUAUUCAAGAGCCAUUUGGGGCAUGUGUGUGUACACACUAUAUAUGUUCACACACACGCACUAUGUACACAUCUGAGUAUUACACAUGUAAAUACUGCACUCACCAAGGUUUAAGUGGGUAAACAUGAGCUCCUUUUUAUCAAUGAGGUUUGAAGUUUUCUAUUUUUCACUUUGCCAGAAAUGUUUUACACUCACAAAGAUAUUCUCAUUUAGUCAACUCCUGUCAAAGAUGAAUAGGCAUGGCCCCAGUUGAUGUCCAUGUGGCAGAAAGUGGCUCAUUCCUGGUAGAAGUGCAGGUGGUUAUCAUUUCAAAAUUGUGAUUCUCUCCUCCCUCCCCACAUCAGUGUUUUGUUUGUCUACACCCAAGAAAGAUAACAGCUUCCUGCCCACCCUAUCCAACAGGAAGUGUUUAAGGUUUAUGCCAGAACCUUGCAGGACGGAGCACCUCUGGGAGAACUCAGAGUCAGGCCCCACACCAAGGAGUUUUCUGCCCAUUUUUCCAACAAUUUCUCACACUCCAAGUACUAGUCAUACAUUUUUCAGAAGCUGCUUCUUUUACAGCAGAAUACAAAUCAUACUGGAGACUUCACUACUUUUGUGAUGAAAAAGGGCUUUAGAAAUUAAAUACACGCAUGCAUAUCCAAACAUGCACAACCACAGCCUCAAUCUUGUAUUUAGUUUGGAGAAAGAGAAAAGAAUUUCUUGUGGACUUUUUUUUCUUUAACUGCAUCUCUCUGGUUUGACCCGAACUCUACAAGAAAGCACUGUGAUUAAAACACACAUAAAGCCUGCGUAAGCGUUCCAUGGUUUCAGUUGAAUUUCAGUCAUCAGCCUUUACAAAUUAGGUCAAAGAAGUGACCGAAAUAAAAAUCAAAGAAAGAAAAAAUGUUUGAUUUUUGCUCAAUGCUUAUUUUUUACUGUGCCACUCCAAUGAUAUUUAUAAAAUCCAAUAGCAUGAACGCUUCUCUGUAGUAAUAAUUUUGUGCCUUUUGUCUGCUUUCUUAAGACUAAUUGUUCACACUUUGUAGAUAUUAGACAAAUAUAUUUCGAUUAAAUAC